ACUUAAGAGCAUCCCAAGUUACACUAAUAUAACCAAAAGGAUCUCCCCUAUCAUCUAUAUACUCCUUCUAAUACAUUCCAACAGGAAAAAAACUAACAAAAUAACAAACACUAUUUUGCUCUUUAUGCUAUCUACAGAUAUGUUGAAUCAAAGAUAGACAUUUUCGAGCCUUCUUUAUUGUUUGUAAGUCUUCCAGCCUUGCUUUUGUCUCUCUUUGUAUCUGUGCUACCAAAUAUUCUGUAUUUACACCUGUACCUUCAAAAUAAUUCGAAUUACUUGCUUUCCAUGUGUGAUAUAUCAGUGCUCCCCAUAUAGCUGAGGCCAUUUCCUUCUUCAUCUGCGUCCACUUGCUAGUUUUGAACCAGUGUAAUGUUUGAAUCACCCCUCCGCUCCCUAAUUGUAUACCCGACCAUGCACUAAGUUGAUCCCUUAUUGCUGUAAUCCAUGAACAAAUGUUAAUGAGUUUCUGUUGUUGCAAUAUCACGUAGUUGACAGGUGCCAUCAUCAACUGGUAUAUGCAGUCUUUGUAAUUUCUCCUUCGUAAGAAGUCUAUCUUGGUAUGCAAGCCAUACUAUAAAUCUAUGCCUUUGGCAACAUUGCCUUGGUCCAUAUCAAGUCAGCGUCCUGUAAUUUGGUUAAGUCUAUUAACAUUGCAUUAUAGCUCCUUGUUACAGAAUAUUCUCUGUUGGUAAUUAGUUUAUAUCUACCAUUCUGAUACCAAUGUGCCAUAUUACCUUUUAGUACAUUUUAGUAUUCCUCCGAUACCAGCUGAUGUCUUGCGGUGGAGUAUGCCCCCAUAUGGCUCCAUCUUGUUUUAUAUAAAUUCAUGCACCCAUAACAAUUUUUUUUGCCAUUCAAUUGCCACAGUAGCUUACCUAGUGAUGCUUCAUUCCAUUUCCCGCAUCCCUUGAUGUUAAUACCACCAAACUUCUUUGGUUUGCGCACCUUUUCCGAUGCUACCAAUGUUACUUUCCUCUGCUCCUCUGAAUUGCUCCACAGGUAAUCUCUGUACCUCUUAUCUACCUCCUUGAGCAUACUCUGCUCCUUUGAAUUGCCUAGAGUAUGCCUUUGUGAUUCUGUCUGUGAUCAUGCUCAAUAUGCUUCCAUUACUCUUUGUAUUGAUCUUUUGUCUCCUUUACAGAAGAUCAUCUGCAAACACCAGGUGUGUGAGUUUGAAUGUUCUGCACAUAUGAUGAUACUUAAAGUCAGGCAGUGUACUCAUCUUCUUCAACAUUCUUAAUAGAUACUCUAUUACAAGAAUAAAUAAUAAUGAAGAUAUUGGAUCUCAUUGCCUCAAACCUCUCCUCUCCUCCCCUCCCCUCAAAAUACCCAUAGCCCUCCCCAUUUAACUUUGUUGAGGUAAUGCAUUUCAUAAUCAAAUGAGUAAAAGAAUCAGGGAAGCCAUAUCCCUUUCUUUAAGUCUAUCUUCAUUAGGCACCUCGGAGAAGUUUGCCUAUUAUUGUGAACCAGUGAUCUCCCCUCUACAAAAGCAAUCUGGUUAUCAGAGAUUAAGUGAGUUAGAGCCUUCCUCAAUCUCUGGCAUAUCAUUUUAGAGAUGCACUACAUUACAACAGGAGGAGAUGGGAAUUUUACUUUUAUUUAUUUACCUAUACAAUAAGAUUAGUGACCCCCCUUUUUUCCCAAGAGGCAUUAUCUAACAUUUAUAGUCCUUGAGAAACUUUUCUCAUCAUAAACUAGUACUCCCUUCGUUCUUCCACCACCCUUAUCAAAGAUCUUUCUUAUGGGAAAACAUACAAAAAAAAAAGCUAAACGUGCACAAAAUAAGUUGAAACUAGAAUUGUAGGGGACACUCAGUAAAGAGCUCCCUUCCAAAAAUAGGCGUAAAAGGCGAAAGAAUAGUUCGCUUUGUGGCAAUACAAGGCCAGUGCUUCCCUUUUAAUGUUGUAACAAAGUCUGGAUUUACUCAUUCUUUCCGAUGUGCUUUUAGGUGAUCGUGAAAAGAUAUAUGCUCACAAACUGAUCGACGAAAUGCUGCACAGAACGAUUAGGACUAAUUAUCUUGAAUUUCGGAUCCAGGUUGGUUUUUAAUUGUAUAAUGGAGGACCCAAUUGGCAUAAGCAGGACACAGAGCAGUUCUCCGUCGAUUAAAUUUCAUGGUUUAUGCUUACUUUAAGUUGGCGUUACAAUGGCAUUCAGUAGUACGAGGAACCUUAUACCUCGAGCUAAGAUUUUGAUUGCCAACAAAAGUGGAUUGAUGCGGUUUUAUCACUGCUCAGAAGAAGUCCAUGAGGAGGCUUUGCCUUCUGAAUGGUAUGAGAAAGCUUUCACAAAAUUAACAAAAUUGAGCCACUUGCUUAAGCAUGUGGACUUUGUUGAUGGUAAGCUAGUCAAUGUUAAUGACCGCGCGAGAGUUUAUGAUGAGAGCUUGGAACAAAAGAUGUUUACUUUUAAAUUAUUGGCUAGGACUUUUAUUGGGUGUCCGUCAAUGCAAGAAAUGAUGAAGCAGAAUAUGAUGAGAGCAUUAGCUGAUGCACAAAGCGACCACCCCAUGUAUUUCAGCAAAGCUAGCGAGAGGGAAUCGAUUACAAUUGAUUCCCUAACAAAAGUGUCAAACUUCUUGAAUGUGUCUGCUCAACAAAAGAAGCUUGUCAGGCAAUCGAUAUGUGCACAGGUGACAAAGUACCCGAUAUGGACAGGGGCACUCGAAGAGAUAUUGAAUGGAUUGAACUCUGAGAUAGAUUUUCUAAAUAGUAGGUGUCCGAGUAAAGAAAUUAAUAUGGCGCAACAAAUAGUUACAACUUGUCAAAAGUUUUUAGAAAAUGCCACUUCUUAUGACCCUGAAUCCACUUCAUGGAUGCGCCUCGCACCUGCAAAAGGCGUGGAGUCGCCCACUUCUCACAAGUGGGAAGAUGUUCUUGAAAUGUUCAUCGACCUUACUAAUUGCUUGAGUGAAGAGAUAAAAUUAACUUCAGAGGUUAAGAAGCUUGAGGUCAUGAAAGAAGGGCUUUAUCAGAUUAGGGAUGUUUCGAUAGACAAAAACAUUGGGUAUAAGGAAACUCGCCACCAGGAGAGUUUAGUGCACAAGAAGUUGAGUAAGACAUUGGGCCACUCAUCGCGAUGCGUGUUCUCUCUUCUUCUUUAUUAUCUUUAUGGCAGCAUAUGGGAUAUUGAAGUUGAAGUUUGUGGAGGACUUUAUGCAAUUGGUCGCGGGGAUAAAUUCCGUCUGUGCAUGGGAAAGAUCUUAACAUCCAAUGAGGAGAAUACAGUGCAGAGUGGGGUAAAGCAGCUAAGCAGAGUUUUGGGGCUUUUCAAGUUUGUAUGGGAAACGGCAGGAAUGAAAGGCGACCUAGAAGUUCAAGGCCAUUUGUGGUGCAUUGGCGCUGAGAAUAAGCUAUUUACCUAUAGAAACAAUCUGUUCUUGUUGCAUUCUAUUAGUUGCUGAUGCAAGACUUUUCUCUGACAAUGAGAACUAGAAAGGUUCCACCAGAGGAUGAUGUAUACAUCAUUGAAUGGGUAUCGUAGGUUAGCAUCUGAUCAACUAUUUGCUGUCAUAUCAUUUUCAGUAUCUUAGUUAUGAUAUGGGGGAACUUUAUGUCUGAGUUACAAGACAAUCAUCACUUUAUUAAUUUGUUACAAAUUGGUGACACUGUAUUUGAUAAAUUGGUUUUGCUGUUUAACUUGUAACGGACUUGCCUUAGUUUA